UAAAGUGAAUAGUUCUUUUUUAUUCAAUAAAAAUAUGGCAGAAAAGUUACAAGGGGAAGAAGAAGAAGAUGUUAACUUGAUGGGUGUGUACGAGGGUGAAAGGAAUUCAAAUGGACUGAGACAUGGCAAGGGGAAAUAUCAAUUUCCAAACGGUGAUAUUUACAUAGGUGAAUAUUGCCGAGGUUCUCGUAAUAAUCAGGGUGUUUACAUAUUUAAAAAUGGUGCACGUUAUGAUGGUGAGUGGCGAUCUGGCUUAAAAUAUGGAAGGGGAACAUUUCUCUACCCUGAUGGAACUCGUUACGAAGGAGAAUGGAAGAGAGAUGAAAGGUGUGGGUUCGGUGUUUAUUAUUAUUUAAAUAAAGACAUUUAUGAGGGUGCCUGGCGAAAUAAUCUGCGACACGGACUUGGAAGCUAUCAUUUCAGUGAAUCAAGUGUCAAAUUUAUGGGAAUUUGGAUAAACGAUGGACUCCAAGGGCCUGGGCACAUUAUCUACCCACGCUAUCAUUUUCGGGGAACUUGGAAACAUAAUUUGCCGUUUGGUCAGGGGUGCUUUACUUUUGAAAAUAAUUGUAUGCAGCAUGGGGAUUAUGUCCACCGCAAUUGUGAAGGGGAUGUAAUGACUCAAAAUAAUGAAUCACAACUGGGAGAUGCAUUCUCGUGUAUACAAUCUGGCGUAUCUUCUCUUUGGUGUGCACGCUAUAUUACUUCAUAUAAUCCUGAUCUUCUGCCACUGGAAGCUAAACCGCUCCACGAACAAAUGAUAGAUAACGAUUCAUUAACUGACGAAUGCCACAAAGAGGUAUCAAAUGUUGAGUCUGACACUUUUUUGCCACUUUCGUCGGAAACUGAAAACGAUGCAAUUGAUUAUCAGGAAGAAUUUCUUGGUGAAACAUAGUUUGGCAGAAUUGAACAAUC